UAUCUUUCCUAAAACCCACUCACCAAAACCCUGAAAAAUCUCUCUCUCUCUCUUGCUUUUCAGCAAAACUUUCGAGCUAUGAUCAUCCGUUACUUUGACUAGUAUUUUGUUUGAUCAUCACCGAAUAACCCCAAAUCACUCGAUUUUCAGCUGGAUUCACGUGCAUUUUCUCCAAAACGUUUGUUAUGGUAAUCGUCUUUCACAAGUGAUUGCAUUCGAGUUGCGAUUUUAGGGAUAAAGAGAAGGGUUUUACAGAGCACUAGAGCAGGGUUUCUUCGAAAAAGAUAUCGGAACACACAUUGCGUUGCAGACAUGAAAAAGAAAGCGAAUAAAGCUUACAAAAAGGAAGAUUAUUCGGAAGAAUGGUGCUUCGUCUGCAAAGAUGGUGGCGAUUUAAUUAUUUGUGACCACAAGGACUGUUUGAAGUCGUAUCAUCCCGAAUGCGCACAAUCAUCUGCAAAUUCCAAACGUCGAUUUAUAUGUGAUCUGCAUAAAUGUGAUAUUUGUGAUAGAACUUCCGAUCUAGUCCAUUGUUAUUGUUGUCCAAAAGGUGUAUGCAGACGUUGUAUCAAAUCUGCUGAUUUUGUUCAUGUGAAAGGGAAGAAAGGAUUCUGCAAUCAUUGCUUGAAGCUUGCACUACUUGUAGAAGAAAAGAAGGAUGUUGACUCUGAUGGGGAAACUAUCGACUUCAAUAAUCGUAACACUUAUGAGACUUUGUAUAAGGAAUAUUGGGAGAUUAUUAAUAAUACCGAAAAGUUAACUCUUGAUGUUCUAAUAGCUGCAAAAGGGCAGUUAAAAUCCGGAAAGAAUUAUGAUUCAGAUAAGUAUGAUGAUCAUAGUGAUGACAACCAGUGUUCGGAUUAUGAAGAAAAAGGUGAUGACAUGGAAUUACAUGAAUCAGCAAAAAAAACAAAAAGAUCAAAGCCCGAAUCAUCAUCCAAAACAAAAGGGAAGUCAAAAGCGAAAGAGAAAGAGAAAAUGAAACCAAACAAGGAAGAAUUCAUGGGAUGGGGAUCAACACGUUUAAUCCAGUUUCUUGAAAACAUAGGGAAAGAUACAACGAAUGCUUUAUCACAAAGGGAGCUUGAAAAGAUUGUAAAGGGAUAUGGUAAGGAGAAAGACCUUAUUCAGAAAAACAAGAUAAUUGAAUGUGAUGUAUGGUUACGUUCUAUUUUCAAGAGGAAAACAAUCAAACUCAACCGAAUUUAUGAUUCUUUGGAAACCCAUUUGGCGGAAAAUCAAGUGUCAUCAGACGACGACGAUGAUGAUGAAUUAGGGUUGGAUGAUGAUGAUAUGGAUUGUAAGGAAGAGGAAGUGGUGGCAAGUAAAAGGAAGAAAAAGAACAAUGGAGAUAAGUUAAUAGAGAAGGAAGAGCCAGCGGUUGAUAUUACAUGUUUUCGUUUUGCAUCUAUUGUUCCUGAAAACAUUAGGCUUGUGUAUUUGAGAAGAAGUUUAGUGCAGAAACUUGAAAAAGAACCUGAGAGCUUUGAAAGUAAGGUAAUAGGUAGUUUUGUGAGAGUUAAAGAAGAUGCGAAUGGUUUCUUUCUAAGGAAUGCUUAUCGUCUUAUGCAAGUAACCGGCGUAAAAAAAUGUUUGGUUGGUGAAAGUGAGCAGACUUUUAUGCUGCAAUCUUUAGAAACGGAUAUAUGCAUUAAUUUGCUGUCAGAUGAUGAGUUCACUGAGGAGGAAUGUCAAGAUUUGAAAAACAAAGUGAAAUCCGGCUUACUGAAAAAGCUUGAAGUGGUUGAAGUUGAAGAGAAGGCUAGGAGUCUUCACAAGGACAUUGUAACACAUUGGAUUCCCCGAGAGCUGGCUUUAUUGAAACACCGUAUUGAUCAAGCAAAUGAAAAAGGAUGGAGAAAAGAGCUGCAUGAGUAUUUGGAAAGAAGGCAAUUCCUACAAACUCCAGAAAAUCAGACAAAAUUACUUGAAAAGAUCCCCACUGUGAUUCCAGAUAUUGAAGAAGCUGAACCUCUUGAAGAUGAUAAGAAAGAUAACAAAGACUCACCAAAAUCUAUUCUAAUACAUUCAUCAUCUGGAAAAUUUAAAGACAUUGGCAUUACUUCAGAAGAUAGUAAACAAGAAAUGCCAGCAUCUGAAAAAUACGCAAUGGCAGUAAAACUCCAAAAGUUUUUUGAAAACAAGCCAAAAAAACCAUUUAUUGUCAAAAAACCUACUCAAUUGUUUGACUCAAGUGAUGAAAAGUCAACCGUUGAUAUACGCAAGGAGGAUCUUGAAGACAUUAAAAGCUCACAAUGGUAUGUUAUGAGCCCAUGUGGCGAUAAGGUGGGGCCCGUCUCGUUGUCAGUGCUUAAAAACUGGAGUCAAACCCGAGUUGCAUUGGAGUCAAAGAUUUACAACUCAAGUCAAACUGAAGACCAGGCGAAACCGUUGACCGAUGUGCUUCAUCUUGCUUUUGAUGGAAAAUAAUGUUUUUAAGGAUUCUUUUGAAACUUGUUAUUUGGGUAUUUUAGUACUCUAAUUCGUAUAUGCAGUUUAUAAGUAAGUCUAUUAGUGGUUUACUAUUGAAGGCCUCAUAAAGGACCAGAGGUUUUGGGACAUGGGUGUUUAUAAGGGUUUGACUGGUUUUUUAAUAUGUUUAAACUAAUGCUGUUUAUGUUAA